AUGUCGCCAAGGACAGUUCUUUUCGCAACUCUGGGUGCUCUCUUUGCAUCCGAGGUUUCGGCUCAUGGUCAUGUAUCUGAGGUCCUCAUCAACGACAAGAGUUACUAUGGGCACGACCCCACCAAAGUCCCUUACGGACCUCAGCCAGAGAGCAUCGCCUGGUCAAACGGCGCCAAAGACAACGGGUUCGUCACCUCUACCGCGAGUGCACUAUCUUCUCCAGAUAUCGUCUGCCACCUCAAUGCUACCAACGGACAUCUGACCGCAGACGUCACUUCUGGCGCGACCAUCACGGUGCGCUGGUCAGACUGGCCCGAAGCACACUGGGGACCUGUUCUGGAUUAUAUGGCGCGGUGCCCGAACGAUGAUUGUACAAAGGUCGAUAAGACGAGGUUGAGGUUUUUUAAGAUUGAUGAGCUAGGGCAGCUGACGAGGGGGGCUGUACCUGGCCAACCAGGGUACUGGGCGAAUAACAAGCUUCGUGAUGAGGAAUCCGCAUGGAACAUAACAAUUCCCGCCAAACUGGCGCCUGGAAGCUAUGUCCUCAGGCAUGAGAUCAUCGCCCUUCAUCCAGGAGGUGCAGAGGGAUCGACGCAAAUGUAUCCUCAGUGCAUCAACCUGGUCGUCAAAGGAGAUGGCACUGCACAGCCUGACGGGGUGUUUGCCAAAGACUUGUAUUCUUCUACUGAUCCGGGUUUGUUGCACAAUGUCUUUGUGGAUGAGUGGAGUGAUGCGAAGUACAUCAUUCCGGGACCAUCGGUAGUCAAGUUCUAG